CAAGCUUGUCCAGCCGCGGAGAUUAGAGCACGCGGCCACGCACUUGCACCUCUCCUCUACUCCGUGUCCGCGCCCGCUCCGUAAGCGGUUCCAGAGCCGUGCCGCCUGCAGCUCCCACUGCUGCCUAGCCUCGCUGCUCGCGCGCCCACCGCCGACAGCGAAGCGCUGCAAGAUGGCCGCCAUGGACACCAGCGAACCACAAACCACGAACCCCAACGCCCACCUCGAGCGCCUCUUCCCCGUGCCCGGCGAGGGCUACACGUGGGGCCCGCCCGAGGAGCCCACCUAUCCCAUCCCCGAGUGGGACGCGGCGAAGACGAAAGUCGUCGGCGGCCACUCGCGCAACGUGAACAAGCUCGCCUGGAACGCAAGUGGCGACAAACUCGCGAGCGGGUCCGACGACCGGACGUGCCGCGUCUGGAGCGGCGAGGACGACUACCGCCAUUCAUUGAAAUUGGACGGCCACGGCGACAGCGUCGUGCAGCUCGCCUGGGACCCGCGCAACAACGAGUCGCUGGCGACGCUCGCGGCGGACAAGACGGUGCGGUUGUGGGAUUUGCGCGAAGGCCGCGCGCGGUCGCGGGCGUCGAUCAAACUGUCGCACGAGUACAUUAACGUGGCCUGGAGCCCCUGCGGCGGCUACCUCGCCGUGGGGUCCUCGGUCGGCAAGAAGGAGGGCGACGAGAAGGACUGCGUCACGGUGUUGGACGCCAAAACCCACAAGGCCACGAAACGCUUCAAAUUUGCGUAUGAAGUGAACGAGUUCUGCUGGGCGCCGGACUCGAGGCAUUUGAUGUUGACGACGGCGCACGGCACGAUCGAGGUGCUACGCGCGGUCGAGGGCGGCCCACCUCCCGUCGAGUUCGACAAGAUUUGUAGCUGUGACGACGACGACAUCCCCAAGCCGCACGCGGACUCGGUCUGGGUCGCGCGGGCGCACACGGACGCGUGCUACUGCGUGGAUUUGAGCACGGACUGCCACGGGCCGCCUUUACUCGCGGUGGGCGCCAAGGACGCCCUGGUGAGCAUCUGGGACGUCGAGGAGAUGAUCUGUUUAAGGUGCGUGCCGCGCCACGACACGCCGGUCCGCUGCGUCGCCUUUUCGCGCUACGGCCAGUUCGUCGCGUCGAGCGCGUACGACGCGGGUAUUGAUAUCGCGGACACGAAGACGGCCGAAAGGGUAGCGACGGUCGAGGCGGCGCACGCGAUGAACUCACUCGCGUGGCACCCGCAGAAGCCCGUGCUCGCCUACGCGAUCGACGCGAAGUCGAAACCUGACGGGCGGACGCGCGACGAGCCGCCCUACCUCCGGCUGCACUCCGUGCCCCUGCCAUCAGGUAACUAGUUUAUCACACA